AUGGCGGACCCCAUUGACCAGUGGUUAGAAGAGUCUCUGUCUUUGCCUGCGCGGCUGCAGCGCGAGCUGCGGCUGAUGGCGCAGCUCGAUGCAGCAAGUGCUGCUAUAGAAGCACAAGUGCGGCAGCGCGAGGAGCAGUUUCUACGCCGCCUGGAGGCCCUUAAGGCCGAGGGCAGUCCCCUUGUCUUCGAGGGCAUGGACGAAGAACUCAGACAAAUACAUGAGAUGCAACGGAAGAGCCGGGCGCUGCUGCGGGAGAAGGUAGAGAUAAACCGCCACGCUGCUGCUGUGCUGCAUGCAGAGCAGCAAACGCUUGCUGCUGAGCGGCAGCGGCUGCUGCAGAACCCUGGGAUUGCUGCAGCAGCAGCAGCAGGAGGAAGUGCAGCAGCAGCAGACACAGCUGCUGCAGCAGCAGAUGCAGGUGCAGGCGGCAGCAGCAGCAGCAGCAACGCCCUCAGGAGACGAGGAGGAGCAGACCGCCUAUCAGCAGCAGCAGCAGCGGGAGCAGCAGCAGCAGCACAGCAGCAGCAGCAGCAGCAACUAGCAAGCAGCAGCAGCAGCAGCGCAGAUCGCUCGCAUGCAGGCAUUGCUAUAGCAGGUGCUUCUCACGGCACACGGGGCUGGCCUGCUGCUGCAGCAGCAGCAGCACAGCAGCAGCAGCAGCAGCAGCAGCAGCUGCAGCAGCAGCAGCACGUCGAUGACCCAGCUAUGCUGCACCAUCAAACAUACCUGCAGCAGCAGCAGCAGCUGCAGAUGCAGCAGCAGAUGCAGAGACAGCACAUGCAGCAGCAGCAGAUGCAGCUGCAGGCGCAGCAGCAGCAACAGCACCCUAUACAGCAGCAGCAUUCGAUGCAGCAGCAGCAGCAGCAGCAGCAGCAGCAGUUCAUGCAGCAGCAGCAGAUGCAAGACCCCCGCUGCUACCCCGCCUCUGCUUCUUUGCCUACAACUCAGAGUAGUGAUAUACCUGCUGAGUUCGUGUUGCUGCUGCUGCAGUUCGUGUUGCUGCUGCAGCAGUUCGUGUUGCUGCUGCUGCAGUUCGUGCUGGUGCUAGCAGCAACACCAAGACAGCGCGAGGACGCCUCAGCAACUCUGCUGCUGCUGGGGGGACGGGGGCCCCCGGGGCCCGCCAGGCAGCAGCAGAGGGGCCCCCUCAUGGUGCUAGCCACUCUCGCAGAGGAAGAAAGGUAG